UGAUGUUGUUUUAUUUUUUUAAAUGAAAGAACACUUAUUGCGGCAUAACAAUAAUAGUUAGACAUAUGCUGUCGCGACACUUUUUUUAAAUAAUAAUGUGUUCUACAAAGUCGUAAUACAUUAUUUUAUUCUAUCAUCAAUAGUUUUCGCAGAGCGCGCGAUGUAAAGAAUAUUUGAGGUAAUUUUUUUACACCUUGGGUUACAUUAUUGGAGUUUUAGUAAGGAUCCCUAAUUUUUUUCAAAAAAGAUUAUAGCCUAUGUCACUCGGGAAUAGUGUAGCUUCCAAACAGUGAAACAAUUUUUCAAACCGGUUCAGAAGUUUCGGAGCCUAUUCAAUACAAACAAACAAGCAAAUCUUUCCUCUUAAUAUUAUUAAGUAUAGAAGUAUAGAUAGUAUAGAUGAAAGAAACCGAUAGAAGGAGGAAAGACGGACAAAAUAAUGAUUUAUUUCUUAUAAGAACCAUUGUUGUGGUUUAUUAUAUUUUAUUGAUUAUAUAAAACCGGUUUUUGAUCGGUGUUUUUUUUUGUUUGUCACACGCGUAUAUUUAAGAGUCAGUUGUUACCCAAGGUCUUUGUAAUAUUAAAUCUCACAGCAGCUUGAAAUGUCAAUGUAAAUGUCACGGAGAUCGAUAUCCACUACCCGUCAGGCGGACGGCCGUGUUAAGGUAGUAAAGAUUAAGAAACUGUAGAACCAUCGAAUCAUCGUCGCUGGCCGGCGGAUAAUGUCCCGGAGCAUCGCCCGCGCACGACUCGACGCGCGGCGCGACCAGCUCCGUGCCCAUUGUUUGUUCCCACUGCGCAACCACCACCCCACCACACCACCACGCACCAGGGCGCACUUAUGACCCAGAUACUAACGAAUGAGAUGACGUAACGUGACCCCGCCCCCUGACGCGCCGCUCCGCCCGCGCCCCGCCGCCCCUCGCUUGUUUUGUUAUCACAUUUAUUAAUGAGUGGUUCCAUAGCUGAUUCUGUCCACAGACGCUCGGUCGGAGGCGUACAUUACUUGAUGAGUACUUCCAAAGUUUAUUCCCUCCCGCCGCUGCCGUACCGCGCCGCACGUCGACUGCGCAUGCGACCUUGUUUGUUGUUUGUAGUGUCGUUACAAAGCAGUGUGGUUUCCCAGCUGACCGCGUCACCGCGGCACCGGCCCGCUUUCCCGACGGAGGGAAAGCGGGCUAGUGACGAGCGGUGAGCUGUGAGUGACGGUGUACAUUGUAGAAACCGUGUAUUUAGGGGUCCGUGACCGCAUGCGACAAAGAUACAAGUUCAAACAUUACUUUAAAAAUUACAUUGAGUUAGAGAUAGUCGUGACCACGGCAGGCGACGGCUGAUUGUACACAGUAUGUGUAUUAUCUAUGCUGCCAGCGCUCAGCAGCGUGUUGAAGUAACGGUCGUGGCGAGGAGGACGGGGGGGAGGGGGCUCGAGGAGGGCGGAGGAGCCAGUGAACGUCCGUGACUCAGCGCGGAGACUUGUGCCGCCACGCGAAUCGUUUUCCUUAUAAUAUUCUUAGAACUUGUUUUUGCUUAAAAAUAAUGCAAAAAUCGCGACAAUAGUGAUAACGUCAUCGAUAGUAGUGUCGAGUUCCUGUGCCUGCUGUGAGUGCUGUGGGUGCUGUGGGUGGUGUAGGUGCUGAGUGCGAGGAUGCGCCUGCUGCUGAUGGCGCUGUGUGCGUGGUGGCUGCGUCCCGGUGUGCAGGCAGCGCGGCCCGCGUGCGGCCGGGCCCGGGACUGCGUCGCGGGACACCAUCUCAACGAUGAGUUCUUCUUCACUGUGCACGGUCAGAACCUAGUGAUAAACUUCUCGGAGGCUCAGUAUGUGGAGCUGGAGUGUCCCGAGGGCGUGGCGCUGGGCGGUGCGGGGAUGCCGUCGUUCGACGGCGGCGCGCGCGUCCUCAACGUGACGCUUCGAAGGUGCAGCAUCGGAGCCGACUCGCUGGCGGACGCUCUCGGAGCCCUCAACAUCUCCGUCCUCGAGCGCCUGUCCCUCAAGGACACGCCGCCCGGCUCGCUCUCCGCGCUGCACCUGCGGGGCCUCGAGCACCUCUUGCGACUUGACCUCGAAGGGACCAGAGGCAUGCCUCUCAGGGUCGAGGCUGGUGCUUUGCUGCCUCUCGUCAACUUGCGUAUGCUGCAGCUCAACCGCGUGCAGAUGGCGUCCCUACAAUUUCCGCCAACGUUGCAUUCGCUCCAGCUUUGGUUUGUCGGUGAGACGCGAUUAGAUCUAAGCGGUCUCGAUCAGCUGCGAGCCCUCGUGGUGCACGAAAAGGAAUCAGUGACGGUGAGCGCGUUGACGGCUGGCUCGUUGGAGAGCGUGGUGCUAGACGCGAGGAGGGUGUCGUUUCCGGCGGCGUCCAGGCCGCGCUCGAUUCGACGUCUCGUGCUCGUGAACUGGAACGAGACGGACCUCUCCGCGCGGUGUGACGACGUGGAGCUGCUGCAGCUGCGAGGCUGGGUCGGCGAGGAGCCGGCUCCCCCCCGUAGAUGGUUAUCGCACUGUAAAAAGUUGCGCGAGUUUCGAAUGAGCUUCGCUCGUCAGAAGUCUGUGACUCCCGGUCUGCUGGACGGCGCAGAAAAUCUCGAAGAUCUAGGUCUCACUUCCUGCCAGAUUGACACAUUACCUGUUGAUCUCUUUAAGGAGAAUAGAAAUCUGCGGAUCAUUGAUUUAUCCCACAACAAACUACAAACAUUACCAAGUGGCUUAUUUUCGAACUUACGGAACCUGAAAGAACUCAAUCUAUCCAACAACAAGCUGCAGGCGGCGGCUGUGGGGACUCUGGGCUCGCUAGUCUCCCUACAGGAUCUCAAUCUUUCCCACAACCCGCCUCUACUUGAUCUCUGCUCCGGUGGUUCUGAUGCGUUCAUCGUCUCUGUCUCCUCCCUCGCAGGCACUUCCCCGCUAAAAGCGCUGACGGAGUUGGAAGAGCUCAGACUGGGUCACACGGGUGUGUCUCACGUGUGCAGCGACUGGCGAACCUCCAUGAAGCAACUCCGUCUUCUCGAUCUCUCCUACACAAACAUCACCUCCCUGUCGUACCUGGAUUUCCACUACGAGCACUCUGGAUCCAAAGAGCUGACCGUGAACUUCAACGGCACGCCCGUCACCGAGCUCACCGUCGACGCGGGGAACUACAAGUCUGUGAUCGCCGACCUGGCAUCUGCAUCGGUCAAGAUAAUAUUGAGAGCAACUUUACCGUGCGACUGCUCGGACUACUGGACGGCACUGGCGUUCGGGGACCUCAGCACUCAAGCACAAGAUUCCGUAGAGCUCCUGUGUAGGGAGGAGGAGCGUGGUUCACUAGCGGAUGCGUUGGAACGGGAAUCUCUGGAGUGUGCGGAAUCGAGCCUGUGUGAGGACCAGGAGGGCUGCACUUGCUCCGUACGCCUUGACCUCUCGCUUGGUGUGGUGGCGACCGCGUCAUGUGAGGGCGCGGGUCUGGACGAAAUGCCAUCGCGUCUGAAGUUCAAAGAGGCUCCCGUGUGGCGCUUAAUGCUCGCCCACAACCACAUCCAGACCGUUCGGCUUCAGGAUCUGCCCGACACGAUAUUGGAGUUGGACCUGAGAAACAACUCUCUGCAUAGAUUGGACGGCCCGACUGCUUCGAAGUUAUCAACUGUCCCUCUGUGGAUCGCCAACAAUUCGCUGGACUGCACAUGUUACGGGUACGACUUGGUGACGAAGCUAGGACCUCAUGUGCGCGACAUGGAGCAAGCAACGUGCGACGACGGGACUUCUCUUAAAGAAGCACAGAAUGGGGAUCCCAGCGAAUGUAGUUCAGCAUUGGUCGUCGCCACGUCAUUGAUCAGCGCGCUGGCUUUGUUGGCAGUGAUGGUCGCAGUUACAGCCGGCUGCGUGAUGCGACCCGAGAUGCGGCUUAGAAUCAAGGUGCUGCUGCUGCGACUGGGCUGGUUGCCACGGCGGCCGGAGCCGGACGACGGGCGUCGGUUCGAUGCAUUCGUGUCGUACGCGCACGAGGACGAGGCGGUGGUGGAAGAGCUCGUGAAGCGGCUCGAAGUGGGGCACGGGUACCGGCUGUGCCUGCACUACCGCGACUGGGCGCCGGGCGAGUGGAUCCACGUGCAGAUCGCGGCCUCGGUGCAAGCGUCGCGCCGCACCCUUAUCGUAGUCUCCCGGCACUUUCUGCGCUCCAAGUGGGCGCGCCAAGAGUUCCGUCAGGCACACGCGGCCGCGCUGCGUGACAUCAUACCGCGCCUCGUGCUGCUGUUCCUCGAGCCGCCGCACCGCUUGCCUCUCGACGCCGAGCUGCGCUCCUACAUUAGGAUCAACACCUACGUGCUCUGGACCGACCCCUGGUUCUGGCACAAACUAAAGCUAGCCCUGCCGCCCCCGCGCCUCCUCCCCACCCCGCUCGAGGAUGUCUCCGUUAAUAAGGCGGAGAGCUCCCCUCUCCACGGGGGGCAGGACACCAAGCCCUGCUCGCCCGAAGCCGAGACGGACACGUAGCGGCACGCCCGCAGAGUUCGUGACGGGGUUUGACUGCUCGUUGGAGCGCCUCAUUGUACUGAACCACAUGAUGUGCCAAUACCGUUCCACGCUAUGAAGAGAGUGCUUAAUGUGCCAAGUUUCGUUUUAUUUAACGGUCAUAAAAUAAUGCUGAUUAGAGUUAGAUGUAUACCUAUAUUUGCGUAUAGUGAAGGCAGUUACUUAGUUAAGAUUUUGAUCCUAAGUAACCUUGUUUCUGGUUGCAAUAUUGCGCAAUCGCUCAUCCUACUGCUCCUGGGUUAUACCGCGGGCGAGGCUCGGACACAUUUGGUCGAAGAGAGCAUGUUGCUAGUGAAGACCACAUACCACGGGUCCCCGGGGCACGGGCACUUCACCCAAAAGUCCAAAAGCAUUGUAAGGCUGAUUCUUGUACGAUUUUGCAGAAGUAGUUUGAUGACAUAUCCUGACGUGAUGCCGCUCGCAAGCGCCGCGUACGGAUGGGUUGCGGUGUAGGGUCACGGAGUUAUUGUAGUAAAUCGUCACUCGCGUAAAAGCCGAGGUUGACCGAAGCUACCCACGUACUAUUCCGCCGUACGCUCCGCGUCGUGAACAGCAGUGAGGACUCGACUGGCCUUCGUCCGACCGGCGUCGGCGCGCCAGUCACCGCUGCCGGGAGGCAGCUGACUACAAUAUUAUAUGGCUUGUAACAUAUUAUAAUAAUAUGACAAUGUAGUAAUGUAAAUAGUACAUACCUACACCAAAGCCGAUUUCGAUUUCAAUAAAUGAUGUUAUGUGAUACGUAUGAGUGUGUAAUCUAGCCAGUAUUACUGUAGUGUACUUAGAUGUAAGGAGAGUACUAGUCGAGCUGCUGGUGCUGGGGCUAGUCGUCCCUCGCUUCUUAACGGGAUGUGGCUCAAAUAUCCUAUUGUUUGUACUUUAAUAAAUGUUAUGUUCUAA